AUGAAUAUAAUAUUUGGAAACAAAGAAUUUGAUAAAGAAGAUUUAAAAAUAGAUUUAAGAAAUCUAAUUAAAUUAGUUAAAGAUGGAGACACUAAAAAAGUUAAAAAGAUUCUAUCUUCGAAAAAAGGAAAAUAUCUAUUAAACGUACCAGAUGAAUUGGAUCAAACGUGUAUCAUGGUGGCUGCACACUCUGCAAACUUGGAGAUGUUUGAGACUGUAUUGGGAUUCUUUAAGCUCCUAAAGAUUGAUCUCAAUCUACCAGACAAGAAUGGAUACACAGUACUGCAUCUAUUAUUUUCAAUGACUGAUUUGGAAGCCAAAUUCCUUAUCCUUUUACUCGAACAACCAGAUCUUCAACUCAACAUUACCAACCGUGAUCUCAAUACACCAUUCCACUACUUUUGUCAAAAAUUCAGAUCCAGCAGCACUGUCAAGGAGGUAUUUAGUUGCCUCGUGACAAAGGGUGUCAAUGUCAAUGCCAUCAAUCGAAAUGGAGAGUCACCAUUACACAAGGCCAUCUUUAAUACCACACUCGCACCUACCAUGCUCGGUCUCUUGCUAGAGGCAGGUGCCAAUGUCAACGUCACCAACAAGAAUGGUGAAACAGGACUUCACUAUUGUGUUAGAAUGGGUCGUACCGAUCUCGUAACACUCCUUCUCAAAUAUGGAGCCGACAAGGAUAUCAUCAAAGAUGGUAAAACUCUCUAUGAUAUUGCAAUCGAAGAAAACUUUACAAAAUUGGCUGAUUUCUUAAAAGAUGGUAGUACAACAGAAAAAAAUACUGGAUCAGCAACAGAAUUAAUAACAUUAUUACAAAAUCCAACUUUGAGAGAGGAUUUUAGACAAUUUCUACGAGAGGAAUUAAUUUGUGAAGAAAAUAUAUCAUUUUGGUUGGAUGUUGAAGCCUAUAAACAUUUAAAGAUUGAUACUGCUCUCAGACUAUUCAAAGAACUCUAUAGAAUCUAUGACAAAUACAUUCCAGACACUUCACCAUCUGAAAUCAACGUACCUUUUGGCAUUAAAAAAGACAUCAUCUCAUUUAUCAAAACUAUCCCAACACUUACUGAAAUUGAACAACAAAUGCCACCACUUACUUUGAAUAUUAACCACCAUAGUAAUAGUAAUAGUAAUAUUAGUAACAGUGCUAGUAAUAGUAAUAAUAGUUUAGAUAUUCCAUCUACCAAAACCACACCAACCAAUUCACCAACCCUUACCAAUAAUGGUGCUAGCACUGGUAUGACUCCACCAUCCAUCACCAUUCAAAUCUCAUCUUCUCCAUCCAAUUCAUCCAUUUCUUCUGCCAAUCCAAGCAGCAAUAGCAAUACACCUGUCCUAUCACCAUCACCAACAUCUUCAUCCUCUUCACUCACACCUCCACCAUCACCUCCAGUUUAUGAUUUCCAAAAGAUUCAAUCCGUUUACAAUAUUGCACAACAACAUGUUUUUAUGCUCAUGGCCACCGAUUCCCUAUCAAAAUAUAAAAAACGUACAAGAAAGAGUAAAGGUUAUCAUUUGGGUUAA